AAAACUCAGCACUGACGGCUGGUUGUUUAGCAGAACUAGUUCGCAGUAGAAAGUUGUUCGGUUUCAUUACUGAGUAAGUUCUUCGUCGGAUGUGUUUUGGUGCGAAGCUCUGAAAAGAGUUUUUUUUUUCUUCUCAGCUGAUGCCACUUACUGAAACUGUAAUUUAUUCAUAAUUAGUUAGAUUCAAAUAUAGAAUAUCACUGCGAUUAAUCUUUUUUUUUUUUUUUUGGAUAGAAACAGUAGAAUUGGCUGCAUCGUAAAAUUGAAGAAUUUAAUUUUAAACAUUCGAGUCUGUAUCGAUUCAAAAAUAUUUUAAUCAUGCCGUGGGCAAUGGUUUAUAUUCAUUUGUCUUGGUGACUGUUGGAAUAUCCAAAGUAUUUAUUUAAAGAAAUCUCCGAAGAAAUUAGGACCGUUAGAAUAUUUUUUCUUUCGAAAUAAUUGAUAUCCAUUUGUGAAAAUUUUUAAUUGGAAUUUAACCGUUAGUCAGUGAAAAAAGCUAACAUUUUUUAUUAAGUAUUAGAGAUAAACAGGACAAAGAGAUUAAAAAAAAAAAAAAAUUGAAAAAGACUCGAGUACCUACGACUUAAAACGAAGCAUAGAAAAUAAAACUUCUGGAGCCGGCAGUAUCCUUAAGCAAAGGACUUGCGGCACACUUGUGAAAAAAAGCUUCUCUCUUCAGAAAUUUUGAAUAGAAUGUUCCAAGCUCUAAGUGUGAAUUUGAAAUCUGGAUCAAGGGAUUUUUCGUCAUUCUUUUAGAAAAAGGAAUAACUGUUUUACACACAAAAUGAAGCGAAGGAUUUGGAAACAGCUCAUAGUGAUUUGCGUCUUGCUUGGAUGUGCAGCAGUCCCCCUGAGAGCGGACGGUGCAGCCCCGGUUUACAUCCCCACUGCUCCCAGAGCAGAAGCCCUGACGGCCGCAGAAGAGAUGGACGCUGACGUCACACUACCGACAGUGACGGUGAGGGGUUUCCUUAACUUCAGGACGACGGUGGAUGGCACGGUGAUCGUCUUCACCCCUGCUUCCGUCACUCCCCAGGAUCCCACUCCCGCCUCUUCCGCCCCUUCGUCCAGCGCACCUCCAGGCACCCCCAUCAGUCCUAGGAAUGAUGACAUACAGCAUCUCACUUAUACAGGGGACGAUCGGAACACCAGGACAGAACUUGAGAACGAGGCUCAUACACCAGAGGAUGAUAGGCAGAAUUUCAGGCAGAGGCACUUGAAGCUCGGCUACAGUGACCUGGGUACCACACCCCAUUCUCCCAAAAACGAAGAGCCUCAACAGAACCUCCAUAAGCCUGAUGCCACACCACAGCUCCCUCAGUAUCCAACAGGCCUGGUGACCGUUUUGGGAGGCACUCACGUUAAAGACGGAGCAACUACUGUAUUCGAGACCAAAGUGAUCGGCACCUACAUCGAGGGAAAGUAUGCCCAGAUUCUGCAGAGCACGUCCCAGAUCAUCUUCCCAGCGAAAUCCGAAGACUUGUCCACACCCAGGCCCAGUCCGACCAAGCCCAGCUUCCUCCAGAAAUCGGCCACUCUGGCCGUGACCAGCAGUCGGCCGACGCCUUCCAAAUCCAAUCAGAUUCUGGUGGAGCAUUCUUCUAGUCGUCAGAAACCGACCGCCGAAUCGAAAGAAUACAGAUCGACUACUCCUGACAGCCGAGAAGCAGACAGGAGGACAGACGAGCCUCUUAAUGCCAACACAGUGCUCCAGUCUUCUUUCAAAUUACCAGAUACUCUGCCGGCCAACCGUCACACCACACGACCCACGCAGUCUCUUGAGAAGACUCUGACCAGAUCUUCUUAUAGGCUGUCCAGGAGGUUCCGGCCCACUCUGGCCACGGAUGUCCCCCCUGAGGACGAAAACACCGUUCCAGAAUCACAGAACGCGAGGAGACUGCCCCCAAGGUUCCGAUACGUCUUGCCGAGAAGGAACACGCCGACGGUGCGGCUGAACCGAUUUAAAGUCAAAUUAACAGUUCGAAACGACGAUGCCAGCGACCUAGUGACCCCUCACGAGAACACCUUCGACCCGGAAGACGAUCUCCUGGAAGAAUACGAUCCCUUACACUCCGUCGAUCCCGCCAAAGUCGUUUACGAGAAGACCACCAUCACUAGUGAAGUCACGCUUCACGUAGGACGUAGAAAGUCCGUUCGAACCUUAACCAUCACUACGAGCGUCCCCAAAACUCGUCAUGGAUUCGCCUCAGAAGCAGGUGGUUUCGUUGAUGCUCACGAUAUUUCUCCUGCUAACAAUAAUGCAAUUUUUGCCACUCUCAGUCCUCUGGACGAAGAUGCUGGGCCGCACGUUGUUGUCACCAGGACCUAUACCACGACGGAACGCAUGCUGAAGACUUCGGUGGUCCCUGUCUUGGAGAACGACACCACAUCUUAUCACACAGUAACGGAGAGUUUCUUCAUUCUGAAGCUGAUCACCGGUUAUAAGACCUUACCUGCAGCCGACAUGACAGUUUUGCACACUGAAGUCUCCGAUACCGAAUUCGAUGAAUCGCCAGACCAGCUUGCCGGACUACUCGAUGGUGCAGUACAGCUUCAACCCUCCGGUCGGCAACAGAUAGUUCAGACGGCUGUACCAAACGGCUUACUUCAGGCUUCUGGAAGCGGAAGAGAGCAGGCCGUUGUUCCUUACGACCAGACGCGAAGCAACGCCAACGAUCUGUCCAAUUCGUUGCUAUCAUUGGGAGCCGCUCUUCAGCAGAAUCCUCUGGCCGCCGUCUAUCUAGGUCUGCAACAGCUGAAUAAGCAAGCUACUCUUUACUCUACUAUCACCAAAACUUCGACUUACGUUCAUACCGAUACCAUCUACAGCACGAAAGUGGUCAGCUUCUACGACGGUCGAAGAACUAGAACCAGAACCCUGUCGGAAUCGGUAUCCACUACAUUGAAAACAAUGACCUCCCUCUCCACCACAGUCGAGCCUUACUUGAACACUCAGCUCUUUCAACAGCAAAACCAGCUGCAGCAAUUAUUGGGAGGAUCGCAGAUGGGAGGUACGGGUCCCCAACUGUUGGCUCCACCUCCUCAGUACAGCACCGUGACCUCCACCUACACAACUGUAACAACAGCCACAAGUCUCAGCACAAGGAUUUAUACUCUCAUAUACAAUGCCAUCAGCACAAAAUUCAGAACAGUGACCAGCACAUCAUUGUACGAGACAACGAUAACUGCAACCACCACUAGCCAAGUACCCAUUGCCAUCACUGCACCCCCUGGAGGAGUGUUUCCCUUCUUGGGUUAAAAUGGCAUUUUAAUCCAAACAUUUUCGGCAUAUCAUUUACCUCAAGAAUUGUGUGCUUUAAUUGGACAUCUGAUUCUGCAUACAUAUCCAAAAAAUAUAUUUCCAGCUUCGCAUUGAGCGAGCAUUUUCAAUCGGAUGAAGCGAUCAUUUGUGUAGAAAGAAAAAUUUCUUAUAAUAGCUUUUCGAGUCUAAAUUUAGAAACGACACAGUUCCUGUGGAUGUGUUAUAUUGCUCAAUACGACUGGCUACUAACAAGUGGUAGUACAUGUAAAUAUGACUCUAUUUAACUUCGUACUAAUUUUUUGCGCUUCAUUUCAAAUAACCCGCAGGGGAACUGUUCCAUCAAUCAUUCGAAUGCAAUGAAUUAGUUUCAUGAAUUAUUUGCGUUUAGACGUAAAUUCAUUUGUAAGGAGGUAAGCAAUCCCUGGUGACGUAUGAACGAAAAUGUUUUGCUUUAGUUGAAUUUUUAAGAAAAGAUCGAAAGGAACCUCAAUGGAACCGAAAAGUUCAGAUUUAUUACGACAGGCUCAUCCUUAACACUCAUUUGCGGUGCAAUAUGAACAUAUCUUGACGACGCUUCCAGAACACUUUUUAUUAUUCAGAAAUGACGAUCUGUUAAAACAUACUUCAGAAUGCAGUUUUUUUCUUAAUGGGACAACUUACGAAUGCGCUGAUAAAUUGAACAGCUAAGGGGCUGAAGAGAUCAAAAUAACUGUGAACAUUUGUGAAUAUCUUGGUUCAACUGAAAUAAGGUAAUUUAAUUAAUGACUCUUUUUCAUACUGAACACACACUGAUGGGAAGAUUAAAUAUAUUUGUGAAUUUUUUUAACAAAGAUAAUGACAGAUAGAUUUAGAUCAAGAACAUCCAAAUAGUGUACAUAUGUUUUUAUAAGAUUUUCAAUAAACAUGUUUCUUAAAA